UUCCAUUUUCACCCAUGAAUGAUGAAACCCCCCAGACAUUGAGAACCCCACGAGCUUCAUCAUCUCUGCUUUUGCCUGAUUCGUAGUGAAUUAGUCAUCACUUGGAUGAACAAAUGGAAAAUGAAGAAAUUCCCAUUCUAAAUUCAGAGGUGCAACACGAAAUUGAGAUGCCAAAAGUUUCAGAAAAGAGUAGUCUUCUCACUGCACAACUAUCUUGUGCUUCUACUUGUGCCUUCUCCAAACACGAGCAUACUACUUUGGAGUCGCAAGAAAGGUCGGAGUCAGCGACGAAACUCGGGGGACUCAUAGUGUUCUAUCUAUUGGUAAUGCUAGUAGAGAUUGUUGGUGGUUUGAAAGCCAACAGCCUUGCUGUAAUUACCGACGCCGGCCACUUGCUCACUGAUGUUGCGGGAUUUGCCAUUUCCCUUUUCUCAGUAUGGGCUUCAGGUUGGAAAGCGACACCAUACCAAUCUUUCGGUUAUCAUCGCCUAGAAGUCUUGGGUGCUCUUCUCUCUGUGCAGCUCAUUUGGCUAAUCUCCGGGCUCUUGAUCUAUGAAGCUGUUGGCAGGAUUCUUCACAAGAGUGAAAGGGUCAAUGGGAUUCUCAUGUUUGCAAUAGCAGCCUUUGGAUUUGUUGUCAACUUCAUCAUGGUCGUAUGGCUUGGUCACCACAAUCAUACUCAUCAUGGAUGUGCCCACUCGGACCAUGAUCACGACAAGGAAGAAGUUGGUGCUAGUACUGCAGAAAACACCAAAAAAAUUUUGAACAUAAACCUUCAAGGCGCUUAUUUGCAUGUCAUGGUCGAUAUGAUUCAAUCUGUAGGAGUGAUGAUUGCUGGUGGCAUCAUUUGGGCGAAACCAGAUUGGUUAGUGGUCGACUUGAUUUGCACCCUCAUAUUUUCUGUUCUUUCUCUAAGCACAACCAUACCCAUGCUUAAAAACAUAUAUGGCAUAUUGAUGGAACGAAUUCCGAAUGACAUCGACGUCACAACGCUAGAAAAAGAUCUCAAGUCCAUCAAAGGAGUUCAGGAUGUGCAUGACCUGCAUGUUUGGGCGCUAACAGUUGGCAAGAGUGUGUUGUCUUGCCAUGUAAUAGCUGAACCUGCAGUCAACUCAAGACUAUUGGUACACAAGAUUAGGGAUUACUGUGAAACAACACACAGGAUACACCAUGUAACAAUACAAAUCGAGUAGUCAGUUGCAGAUACAUUAUUAUCCUUCAUUUUGUUUUAUCUCUCCAGCUUAUCUUAGAAUUUUGUAAAAAGAGAGUUCAAUUUUGGAAAA